AUGCAUCUUCGACAUCAUGGAUGGGAACAUGUUGUCAAGGCAAAAACAAAACGUUCAACAGCUAUUUCUGUUCUACGAUGGACACUUCUUCGUCAUGUAACUCAAUCACUUGAUCAAAUCAAUGAUGAAAAUACGAAAAAGAAUGCUCUUUGGGAAGAGAUGCAUUGGCUAAAUCAAUAUUGGGCUCAACCUAUACCAAAAUCGAGUAUAGUUCCUAAAUAUUGGCAAAGACUUUUCAUUGUUAAAUCACUUAAUACUCGACGUGAACUUUACGAAUAUUUACAUGAUGAAGAAGCUCGAAGAGAACGUCAUCGAUUACGAAUGGAAAAAAGAAAAGAAUCAAUUGUUGCUAUGUCAGAUCCUAGUCGAUUAGAAUCUCCAUUUCAUAAAACAAUAUUUGCUACAUUAGAUAUGAAAUAUAAUCCACAACGAUGGCCUAAUCUUUAUGCAUUAGCACAAGCAGCUCGAUUAGGAGAUUUUUUUGUUAUUGAUGGAGGUUUUGAAUUUGCUCAUGCGCGUCAUUCAUAUUUUUCAUCACUUGUUCAAAGAGUUUUUCGCUGUUUUAAACAUAUUAAUCAUUUUCAUUCACCAGGUUAUAUUAUAAUAAGUGAUCUUUCGAAUAAUUUUCAAACAUGCCAUCAUCCAUUACCUCAUGAACAUUCAACUUAUUUUCAUUCAACAAGAGAAUUAUAUAUUGAUCUAUUUGAUAAAGACCGUUUAAUUUAUUUAACACCUGAUUCACCUAAUGAAAUGACUCAUUUUGAUCAUGAUGCUAUUUAUAUUCUUGGCGGAAUUUAUGAUGAUGAAAAUAGAGAACCAUUAACAUAUCAAAAAGCUGUCAGACAAAAUAUUCGUCAUCAAAAAUUGCCAUUAGAAAAAUAUCUAACCUUUCAUUCAACAUCAAGUCGUGCAUUAGCUUUUCAUGAAGUUUAUAAUAUAUUAUUAACAUUGAAACAUACAAAUAGUAAUUGGAUAAAAGCAUUUCGUUAUGUUCCAAAAAGAAAAAUCGCUAAUCGAAUAGAAGAAGAAGAACAUAACAAUGAUGAUGAUGGUGAGGAAAACAUCAAAUCAGUGACAUUUAAUUAA